GCCGGAUGUUCAGGCAGUGGACCACUUUUUCUAAAAGUUUGAUUGGAAGAGAAAGAAGGAGAAGGGGUGCUUAUAUGAAGUAACAAGGUCAAGGGAAGGUGGUUCUAGCACAGUGAGGCUUUGGGUUUGUUAGAAGAGAAGAAAGAACCAGAGUCCAUGUGGAAGUGGAGGAAAAGGCAGGGAGGGGACUGUGCCUGGAGCAGGGUCCCUGUGUGGGGGCAGGGGUGGUCAGGUAGAGGAAGGCUUCAAAGUCACAGGCUGGUGGAGAUGGUCCCCACUGAAUCGUUUAUUUCUUCCCUUCCUUCCUUUUCUAGUAUUCUUUUUAAAUCUUCUUUGUCCUGGACUUUGCUGUUACUUCUUUGAGUAACAGUUACAUUUUCUUGACCCUGACCUCUUUUGCAACCCCUGAGAGGGUGCAGGGGCUCAGCUGUCUCCUGGAAAUUGUUUUAUUGUUUCCUUCUUGGAAGCCAAGACAUUUUUGCUUGCUUGUAGAGCCAUCUUAGCUGGCUGUGAGCCUCUUGUGGAGAAAAUAUUUGGACAGAAGCAGCAGGAAAUACUGGCAGCUGUGGCUUUCUGUGGGGCAUGGAGGAUGGCAGGGAGAGGACACCUUUGAAGAAGGAACACAGCUUCUUUGGUUUUCCUGAGCAUGCUCCAGCUGUGCUUACCCUGAGCUCUGCCAGCUGGGCAGCUGCUGUGGCCAGGCCGGGAGCCAGGAGCCAGGAGGCCCGUGCGGAGACGGACCUGCAGAAGAUCAUGGGGAUGGAGUUCAGCGAGGACAAGAUCCAGUACCUGGUGUAUCAGAUGCUCAAGGGUCUUAAGUACAUCCACUCAGCUGGCGUCAUCCACAGGGACCUGAAGCCGGGCAACCUUGCUGUGAACGAGGACUGUGAGCUGAAGAUCUUGGAUUUUGGGCUGGCAAGGCCUGCAGACGCAGAGAUGACAGGCUAUGUGGUGACCCGCUGGUACCGGGCCCCCGAGGUGAUCCUCAGCUGGAUGCACUAUAACCAGACUGUGGACAUCUGGUCUGUGGGCUGUAUCAUGGCAGAGAUGCUGACAGGAAAAACUCUGUUCAAAGGGAAAGAUUACCUCGACCAGCUGACCCAGAUCCUGAAGGUGACUGGGGUGCCGGGUGCAGAGUUUGUGCAGAAGUUGAAGGACAAAGCGGCCAAAUCCUAUAUCCAGGCCCUGCCACAGAGCCCUAAGAAGGAUUUCUCUCAGCUCUUCCCACAAGCCAGCUCCCAGGCCAUAGAUCUGCUAGAGAAGAUGCUGGAGCUGGAUGUGGACAAGCGCCUGACAGCCUCGCAGGCCCUCACCCACCCCUUCUUUGAACCCUUCCGGGACCCGGAGGAGGAGACGGAGGCUCAGCAGCCAUUUGAUGAUUCCUUAGAACAUGAGAAAUUUACAGUGGACGAGUGGAAGCAGCACAUUUACAAGGAGAUUGUGAACUUCAGACCCAUUGCCCGGAAGGACUCACGGCGCCGGAGUGGCAUGAAGCUGCAGUGAUGCAUCCAGCCUGACCUUUGACUGAGCCUGGGGACUGCCACAGGCACCAACUGCCAGACACUGCCCACAGAACCGAUGUUUAUUUGUCACUUCUAAAAUUUCAACCCUUCUUGGAUUAUAGCCUUCCAAGCAGAGGACAGAGCGCCCUUGUCCUUGUAUAGAAAACAGGCCUAUUGGAUGCAGAAUUCAAAGAAGUUGGCUGGGAGAAAUUACUCUGCUCAUAACCCACUACAUUAAAAUCCCAUUGGGAGAAUCA